AUGUCUGUCAAGUCUUUAAAGAAAAUGAGCAGCAAGAGGAAGAAACCUCAAGUGGACAAUGCCCAGGCAGAGGUCAUGUUUGAACUGGGCUUGGAGGCCUUUUGGAACUCACCACUUAACCCAGCCACCAUGCUGGACAUUAGCACUUGGAGUCUAGAGAAUCAAGCUCCUGUUGUGCCGAAGUACCUACCCCGCGCUUUCCUCCAACGCCUCUGGCUGCUAAGCCCUGAAGCUCGGAGUCCAUCUUGUAUACCACCAUCUGAUACCCCAGCAGAGGAGAGUUUCUACAACCUUGGGGAAGAGUCCCAGGGUGCUGUCAACCCCCUUGAUCUUGUCACAGCUGUCUAUUUGUCUGCUGACAGCUUUCUUCAACAAGAGAUGACAAUGCGCAUGGUGCAGUGCCAGUUUGCUGUCCCUUUGGUCCUACCAUCAAUAAUCACACAACAACACCCUAGCUGCUUCCUCCUUUGGCCGAUGAGAGGGGUCGUGAGCCAAUGGAGGCCUCACUCUCUUGCUAAUACUAGUAGGGUUCUGGAGGGGGACUUGGCUAGUACAGAGAUGACAAUGGUCGCUUGUGUGAAACUUGGUCGUUGUGGCAUCUCCAAGUCCCGAGCACUGAGCCGUGUUAUAGGUGGACUCAAACCCCUCACUGAGACCUUCCUUCACCGGGAGAUGGAAGGUGGGCAGCUGCAUCGUACACUGUCCAAUGGUCUGAUUGAACUAGGGUGGUAUCUACCCACUGGAAACCCUGACAGCGAUAUUUUCCCCGUGCCUGUGGUGAUCUCUAAUCUACGGGGUGAAGCAUCGGCACAUGAGAAAUGUGUCAACCUAAUGUGCCGUACUUCAUCAGCCAUGGUUGUGUUCUGUGGGAAUCUUAGGGAGAAAGAGAAAAGUCUACUAACAAAGUGGAAAGGCAUGACCAGAAAGCUCAUCCUCAUUGACCUUUCAGACCCUACAGAUGAGGAGAAUGAGAAGAGAACUGUGGAGUUUGUUGCUCAGAGCCUGGAGGAAAUGGUAGGGCUACCUCAUGGUUCAGUGUUGUAUGGGGGAGCUAUCAAUGAGGAAGAACUGGCUUACAGGCUGCAUGAGACCCUGACUUAUUUGUUACCAGAAAAACUAGAACCUGUUACACUAGAAGCAGCAGCAAAAAUAGCAGAGGAGCUAGGCCUAAACAUAGAUGAAGGGCCAUCAUGUAAAAAGGCAAUGGCUCUAGCUAACCAAGUACUGACAGGCUUAGAGGAGGGAUCUGCUCAGUUCAGAGAGAAACAGCUGCCUCUGCAGGGGGCACUAUGGAACCAGCUGGGAGAGAUGGAGAAAGAUGAGAGUAAACAAAGAAAAGCAGGAGAGAAUAUAGACCAACUCCUAUUAAAAGAAAAGAGAAACAUCCUUCUUAAACUGAGUAGCUACAGAAUGACCACAGCCAUGAAGGUUUUCACAGACAGCCUCUUCACAACAGAUAAAACAGAAAGAAUGUAUUUCCUUAGCUGGAUGAAGUUGAGGCUUCGGUCAGUGCAAAUGAGAAAACAACAUUGCCUCCAAGAACCAUCAAUAAAUCAGCAAGAAAAAAUUGAUCAGCUACAUCAAGGACCAGGAAAGGUUGUGAUAAAUGAGAAAGAUGAUGAUUGUGAAAAUCAAAUUAAGUCUGAAACUGGAACCAAUUAUGAUUCUGAUGAUGACAGUUUCUGCACAUUUCUAUCAGUGGAAGACCUGAGGUGGGAGGAAGACAUGGCUGUAGAACAAUUACCACAUGAACACAACACUGUAGGUAUUGGACAACAGCUUUCCAAACAACAAUCUGAGAAAGAGCUGGACUUGAAAUAUACUGAGCCAUUGGAUAUGGCCUUGGAAAAUGAAGAAGAACCAUAUAACUAUGAGGAUCUGUCUUCAGACACCGAAAACUCAAUGGGCCAGACUGACCCGAAUGGACAAGAGCAACUAAACCCUCUCCUAUCUGAUGCUGUGCAGGAUGCUUUACAGCCCUCAGAUGAAAUGUCUACAGAACGGAACUUGAAGCUAGAGUCACCUCAGGGAGAAACUUGGGGGCCCAUGCUCUUGGGAGUCCCUGAGACUGAAAAUAUUGAACAGCUGGGCAUAAAACAAACAAAAAGAGAGCAAAGAAAACUUGACAGCACUUCAGAACAGCAAACAAAGAAGAAUUUGAAGUCGACUGAAAAAGAUAACAUUGGAGAAGAACUUCAUGACAAUCAAGGCAUUUUUAAAGAACAAACUGUACAUUCACAGAUCCCAAUGCACCAACAGAGUUCAGAGUUCAGACCUAACAGAAUCUCUGUUCUAAACUGCCCAGGACAGCCUGAAGGACUUCAGCAGAAACCGGAUGAUUCUGAUACAAAUGCCUCAAAAAACAAUAUAACAGACUUGCAUUACUCUACUGAAAAUCAGGCCACUUUAGGAUCUUUUGCCGAACAUCAUUUUGAGCCAGAUCCUUUCUCUCUUGGUCUAGAACACUUCUUCCGUGAGAUGGGACUAAUCUUUGAAUUGACACACAUCAGCCCAGGCAGUGGAAGCCACAAUGUGCUGCGUCUUCCCAGUGUAGCUGCAGACUUACUCUUUUAUGGCAUCCCCCUUGAACUAAUGGAUGGAGAUGCCUCCAACAUCCCCAGCUGCUGGCUUGGCAGUGUCAUGGCUGAGAUUAAACGUCGCCUUCCACAAGAGGGGGUCAAGGUGCGUGUAUUGACGAACUUUGGAAUCAGUUGUUCAAGAAAUUCUGAGGUGCUUUCUGGAUUAUUUGGUGUGAAUUUCCCCCAAGGAGGGAGAAGGUCCACCAGAGGGGUUUACAUGCUGGCUCUAAGCCUUCCCAAUGAACUCAGGGAGGAUACAGAGUGUGACUUUCUGUUGAUUGUUGAUGUGGAAGGUCUCUUCUCACCAGGACUGAACAAUAAAAGAGACACUCUGAUCCAUGACAAUGAGAUGGCCACUUUAGCAACAGGACUGAGUGAUGUACUGAUGUACAACAUAUCCUCAUGUGGAGAUAGUGAGUUUGAAACCAACCUCAAUGUAAUAGUCAAUGCUCUGCUGCGCACUGAGGUGUGUGGUGACACUCCAGUUUGCAGAUUUGUGAUCCAGGAUGAAGAAUUAAACAGCAAGCUGCAAGCCUUACAGCUAGAACGUGUAGCAGAGAUCCUACAAACAGAGACUGAAGAGACAGAGAUUAAAAAAACUAAGACCAAAUGUACUACCCAACGUGUCAAAGGGCCUUGGAGAAACAGCUCACUCUCUGAACCUGUUGACAAAGAGUACAGUAAGGAGGUGCUAAAGUUGAAGGCAAACUUAUUUGGAGCCUUGAAGAAUUGUGCAGCCAAAUCUAAAGCCUCGGGUCUGCCUGAAUUUGUUGGUCGUUUGUGUGCUGUUUGGGAAGCUGUGAAAGCAGAGUCGUUCAGCAUUGGUCUCCAGAAUACUGAAGUUGCUAUGGCAUUCUCUAUGUUGUGUACGGAGCUGUCUCAGUGGGUGAACAUUUUUCUGGAACACAUGGAAAGCUGGUUUGAGAAGGCAAAGAAGACAAUUAUGUCCAAUGACGCUAAAGCAAAGACUGGGAUCAAACGUGACCUCUUGACUCUGUUGAAGGAAGACGCUAGAGAGGAAGUUAAAGCAGAGGUGGAUAAAAUCAGAUUGAAAGUAGAGGCCCAUUUGAUCAAAGAUGAUCUCCACAAAAAUUACAUUGAGACAUACAGACCAAAUUUAAUGAACAAUAUGAAUAAGCUCCAGGAGCAGGUAACCAAAGAGAUGGUAGAAAGGCUAGAGUCAGUCAGAGAGAGCCAUUAUUCUUCCACACAGAUAAGAACGUUUCAAACCUUAUUGGAAAAGGAACAGGAGUCCAAAUUUCGCACCCUAGCAGAGAAUAGCAAAUCAACGAAUGUUCUUCUUGAAGACUUGAAGCUGGAAGAAGAGUUCGAGAGUAUGUGGACUAAUGCAUUGUCCAACUUUGACUUCAGACAUUCAGAUGCAGAUGACAUUACACCAAGGGUGACAAAAAUUCUGAGAGAGAAUCUCAUCAGCCGUGGGCUGCAGAAACACAUAAAUAAGGUUGAAAAUGUAGGCAAAAUUACACAAUCAUGUUUUACAGUGUAUGAUGAGCACUUUGGAUACCAGAGCAGAAUAAAGCAAAUGUUUAAGGACAACAACAGACAGCAAAGGUUAGAGGCUCACCAUGUAGCAUGCGAAAUCAUAGAAGAUUACAAUCAGUUUGUAUUGGAGAAAUCUAGUUUAUUAGCAGACUUUUCUGAAAGUUACAUCAGUGAGCUGUUAGAAAAUGUUGAGCAGUCUUUGAGGGCAAAGCCUCUGGAAACCAGAUCAGCUUUUGAAGUGGACCUGAAAGUAUAUCUCUGUAGCUUUGCAUGCCAAGAUUUCCAAGAAAUUCAUGACCGUUAUGCCAAAGACGGAGACUUGUUGGACUUUAUCAACAGAUACAAGAAAAGAUCCUUGGGGGAAUUCAUUUACCAGUACCGAAAGAGAGACCAGUGUCAGAGAGUGGCCCAGGCUUUCACCUCAAUGGUCUUCAAGCCUAUAGCCUUAGACUAUAUCUACAGGCCGCUGGGGAAGCAUAUCAUGGAAGAGAUGUUGAGUCAAGAUAAUGCUCAGCAGUACCUUUCUCCACCAGCCUUCAACCGUAUACUGCUGGAGGAGUUGCUGGAGGAGGACAGCUUUGAGAGCUUCCUAGAAUACUUGCAUUCCUAUGAGAACUUCAGUUUGAAGAAGAUCGAUGAGAUGGUUGUGGCUCACCUCUCUGAGUCAGCUAUUUUGGAUGAAUGGAGGCAGGAGAAACUAGGGCACAUAGUGGGAAAGAUGGCUUUGGCAGUGAGCAAAACAGCAGAGGGCAUAAAUGGAAUGUUGAGUGACACCAAGCCACUACUGGAGAAGGUGUGCCAAACUCUUGAGCAAGAUGUAGACAUGGAUUUCACCAUGGCCUCUCUAGAGUGGCCUGUUUUCAGCAUCACAACAGAAUGGGAUCGCUUUGUCACAUAUCUGUUUGAGGCUCUGGCUGAGAUGCGCCUGGCUCUAGCACAAGAGUUUUCCCAGAAAGUGGACAUCAAUCAACUUCUCGAAGCACUUCCUAUUAACACCCAGGAUUGCCUCUUUAACAGAGUGAGAGGCUGUGAGAAGCAAUGUCCUUUCUGCAGAACCCCCUGUGAGUUAGGGAUGAUGGAGCAUGAUGUGCACAGGGCUCUGCUCCACCGGCCAAAAGGCAUGUUGUCCUACACCUGUGAUGACUCCUGUCGUCUAUCUCAUACCAGUUGUCCUGCAGAUGUGGCCCAGGACAACUUAUUCCUGAACAAGGACACAGGGGGUAAGUCUCUUGCCUACAGAGACUAUUGCACCCUCUACCCAGACUGGAGCAUCUUCCCUGAAGAACCAGUCAGCCAGACACCCAUUGCUUACUGGAGGUAUGUGCUUGUAAGGUUCAAUGAAAGGUUUGCAGAGGAAUAUGAGCAGCAGCCAGCUCAUCUGCCUGAAGAAUGGGAGAAGAUCACUAAAGAGGAGGCCUUGGAGAGUCUGAAGGUUGCUCUCCAUACUGAGCAGUGCUAAAUAGAUUCCAUAAGAACUGUUCUUUUUUUUUGUAAACUGGCCUCAUGUACCCUGAGACCACCAAUCUAUUUGAGCUUUAUUUAUGUUUACAUGUGAAGAUGAUGAUGAUGAUGAUGAUGAUGAUGAUUACAUUAAGCAGCUGCCUUUAGAGUCUAACAUUAUUUGUGAGCAUGUAGAUGAGUGCUUGGGCCUUCCUAAAAAGAUCACAACAAAAUUAUCAUAGAUACUAUUUGUUUGAAUUUUUAAGCCAGAUUUAACUCUUAACCAUGAUUUCCAGUAAAUUGAAAGUUGGACUAUAAUGGACAAAUCCAACCUGGACUUUCUGAUUGUUGCAUCACAUUUCUCCGGCAUGCAACUCUAUAAAAUAAGGUGUAAAAUAAAUACUCUGACUUCCUUAUUGAAAAUAAUGCAUUUAAACUCUAUGAAUGUUUCAAAAUGUUUGAAGUUCACCAAAAGAUUUCCAUUGCAUAAAACUUAUUGUAA